AUGAAGGCAGAGGAUAAGAGGAAAGAUCAGAUUCCCUGGGGCCGUCUCUUUACAGAAGCAACUGAGGACAACUUAAUCAAUAUGAUAGCGUGGAAAGACAAUACUUUAGUCCUUUCUAUGUCUACCUUUUCUGAUGGACAGAGCACAGUAGAGAGGCUCCGUAAACGCCCAUCUGAAACCUCUUCUGCCGCAAAGACCGCUCGGAAGCCCUUUGGACCAAAUCCUCGAGCUAUACUUGCGAUUCCUGAGUUUGAGGACAAGUAUAAUCACCAAAUAGGAGGUGUAGACCAAGGAAAUCAACUCAAAAGGCCAAAUACUCUUAAACAGCUCUGUCGAAGGGGUGGGCCAUCAAGCCUUAACUACGUGGCUCUUAGAUACAGCUCUUAUAAACGCCUACAAACUCAGUUUCCACUCUCAGGUGCCUCCGGAGAGUAA